AUGCCUGCAGGGCCGAAGAACAAGGUCGCCUCUUCCCCUGGCGAUAGCCGUGGGACUGAAAACCCCGAUCCCGGUGCCUUGGUCCCCACAGUCUCAAGCAACCCAUCUCCGUCAGGUGACGGCGCCCCACGCGGUGGCACAGCAGGUUCCUCAUCCUGCAAGGUGGCUACUGCCGGCACCAUUUUGCUCACCGGGGAGGACCCGGGGCCCCCCUCCAUGGACGGUGUGCAGGAAGGGGGGCGCCCCGACCUCCAUGGCGGCGGGAGCCCCCACACGGAACUGAGCUCUGUGGUACCCAGGACGGGCCAAGGCGUCCAGACGGUGCCUGUGCUCAGUGGGGCCGCCGUCUGGCAAGCUGCUGGGGGCGCUGGCCAGCGUCCGACCCAGACCACGAGCCCAGGGAAUGGACGUGGGAGGAAGCGGCCCAGCCAUGAGGAAGCUUCCGGGUCUCUGAAGCCUCCACAGCGCUGUCUGUUUUCUGGAGCUGCGGUGUCCCCGUGGUUGGCGUCUUCGCCACCAUCUUCUCCAAGGUCUGAGCCCAGCAGCUGCGGCCAUUUUCAGGUUUCUCUGUGGAACCAUGCAUCGCAGCCGGGUCCUGUCCUCCAAAGCCAGGCUAAAGCACCAGGCCCUGCUCUCCGCAAUGAAGCAGUCAGAGCAGGCCCAGCCCUCUGCCGCCGCGCCACCCAGUCUGGCCCUGCUCUCCGCAGCCGUGCAUCAGUGCAACGCCCUGCUCGCCGUGGCCACACCACCCUGUCGGGUCCCGUUCUCCGCAGUCAGGCAGCCAUGCUAGGCACUGCUCUCCGUAGCCACGCAUCCGGGUCCAGUGCUGCUAUUCAUAGCCAUGCAGCUGAGCAGAGCCCUGCCAGCCACCACCACCGUGCACCCGAACCAGGCGCAGCUCGUCGCCGUCUAUCCAGGCCGGGCUCUGCUCUCCAGCGCCAAGCAUCAGUGCCAGGCCCUGCUCAACGCCGCUGCUGUACACCCGAGCCAGGCCCUGCUUUUCACUGCCGCCAUGCUUCCGCUCCAGGCCCGGCUCAUCACCGCCGCGGUGCUUCCACGCGAGGCCCUGCUUCCUGCUGCCAUACAUCUGAGCCAGGCGCUGCCAUCGACAACCACUCCAGCCUGCCAGGCCCUGCUCUUCGCCACCACCGUGCUUCCGCACCAGGCCCUGCUUCCUGCCGCCGUGCAUCUGGGCCAGGCCCUACCAUGGACAACCACUCCAGCCCGCCUGGCCCUGCUCAUCGCCGCCACCAUGCUUCCGCGCCAGGCCGUGCUUCCCGCCGCCGUGCAUCUGGGCCAGUGGCUGCCAUCGACAACCACUCCAGCCCGCCAGGCCCUGUUCUCCGUGGCCAUGCAUCUGGGCCAGGCCCUGCUCUCCGAAGCAGCAGCACGACUCCAGGCUUUGUCCUCUCGAGCGGUGCCACCCAGCGAAGAUCAGACCCUAGCAGCCACCCUUCUCCACCUGGGCUUAAUGGCCAGAGUCCUCCUUUAUCCCCUGGGUUCUCCGUAGGAAGGCUAGUCGUCCAGAGCAGCUCAAGCUCUUCUGAUUCUGAGGUCCCAAACCUUCCUUCCCAGCAGGUUUGGCAUGCAGUUCGUAUGUAUGCCUCCGUACCGUCGCCUCCUGAGCCAUAUGGUGAGAGUUCCUCCUCCUCCUCUGCUCUUUGGUCUCCAGGCCAGAGCCCCUCUUCCUCCCCCACUGAUUUUUCUGGCAGGAGUUCCCCUAGGUUUUCUGUCCUGAGCUCCAUCUCUACUCCUAGCCCCACUACCCUUAGGCGCAUCUUGCUGCCCGAGUUUGACGCCCUGAGCCCUCUCUCUUCAGGAGAGCCGGCUGAAAUAGGGAGCAUGCCUCACUCUCCUACACCCCCUAUGCUGUGA